CCCGCAGCCCGGCCCGCGCCCCGCGCCCCCGCCGGGGGCAGCAAUGGCAGAGGCGGCUCCGGGCCGAGCGAGAGCCGGGACGAGGAGGGGCUGAGCCGCGGGGGAUCCUGGAAUCGGCGGGGAGGUGGGGAUUCUGGGAGGAAAGCUCCAUUUCCUCCUUCCCACCGGCCUCGCCCCUCCACCGGCACCCCAAAUUUCCAUGUGCCGCCUCCCGGGGUGCUGAGCGAGGCGCGGCUGCCGCGGCGGGAGAAUGCUGGGCAUGUACGUGCCGGACAGGUUCUCCCUGAAGUCGUCCCGGGUGCAGGACGGGAUGGGGCUCUACACGGCCCGCAGAGUCACAAAGGGUGAAAAGUUUGGACCCUUUGCUGGAGAGAAGAGGAUGCCUGAAGACUUGGAUGAAAAUAUGGAUUACAGGUUGAUGUGGGAGGUUCGCGGGAGUAAGGGGGAAGUUCUGUACAUUUUGGACGCUACCAACCCACGGCACUCCAACUGGCUUCGCUUCGUUCACGAGGCACCGUCACAGGAGCAGAAGAACUUGGCUGCCAUUCAGGAAGGAGAAAACAUUUUCUAUUUGGCAAUUGAAGACAUAGAAACAGAUACCGAGCUGCUGAUUGGCUACCUGGACAGUGACAUGGAGGCCGAGGAGGAAGAGCAGCCGUCCAUGACCGAGCUCCCAGACGGGGAAGAUUACUUCGGCUGUGCUGAGGACUAUGCCUGUCCCCAGUGUGAGUGCAGCUUCACCAGCCAGGACAUCCUUGCCGAGCACCUUCAGACACUCCACCAGACACCCACCGAGGAGAAGGAGUUCAAGUGCAGGCACUGUGGAAAGGACUUCCCCGUGAAGCAGGCUUUGCAGAGACAUGUUCUUCAAUGUCCAGCGAAAAGCAGUCUGAAGGAUACUUCGCGAGGUUUUCAGUGCUCUGUUUGCAAUUCCCCCUUCAGUUCGGCAUCCAGUUGCGAGCAGCACCAGGAGACUUGCCGGAGCAAAGCCCGGUUUGUGUGCAAGGCUGACAGCUGCGGGAAGAGGCUGAAGAGUAAAGAUGCCCUGAGAAGACACCAGGAAAACGUCCAUGCGGGAGACCCUAAGAAAAAGCUCAUAUGUUCAGUGUGCAAUAAAAAGUGUUCUUCAGCAUCAAGCUUACAGGAACAUAGAAAGAUUCACGAGAUAUUCGAUUGUCAAGAAUGUAUGAAGAAAUUUAUUUCAGCUAAUCAACUAAAACGUCACAUGAUCACCCACUCAGAGAAACGACCCUAUAAUUGUGAGAUUUGUAAUAAAUCUUUCAAGAGGCUUGAUCAAGUGGGUGCCCACAAAGUCAUACACAGUGAAGACAAACCUUACAAAUGCAAGCUUUGUGGAAAGGGAUUUGCCCACAGAAAUGUUUACAAGAAUCACAAGAAGACGCACUCUGAAGAGAGGCCGUUCCAGUGUGAGGAGUGUAAAGCUCUGUUCCGGACCCCGUUCUCCUUGCAGAGACACCUGCUCAUCCACAACAGUGAGAGGACUUUCAAGUGUCCUCACUGCGAUGCUACCUUUAAAAGGAAGGAUACCUUAAACGUUCAUGUCCAGGUGGUCCACGAGAGACACAAGAAAUACAGGUGUGAGCUGUGCAAUAAGGCGUUUGUUACACCUUCAGUGCUUAGAAGUCAUAAGAAAACACAUACAGGAGAAAAGGAGAAAAUCUGCCCAUACUGUGGUCAGAAAUUCGCCAGCAGUGGGACGCUACGAGUUCACAUCCGGAGUCACACAGGUGAGCGUCCUUAUCAGUGCCCUUACUGUGACAAAGGAUUCAGCAAAAAUGACGGACUGAAAAUGCACAUUCGGACUCACACCAGGGAGAAGCCAUACAAGUGCUCUGAGUGCACCAAGGCCUUCAGCCAGAAGCGCGGCCUGGACGAGCACAAGAGGACGCACACGGGAGAGAAGCCGUUCCAGUGCGACGUGUGUGACUUGGCUUUUAGCCUGAAGAAAAUGCUGAUCCGACACAAGAUGACUCACAACCCCAAUCGUCCGCUGGCAGAGUGCCAGUUCUGCCACAAGAAGUUCACCAGGAACGACUACCUCAAAGUGCACGUGGACAACAUCCACGGGGAUGCCGGCAGCUGAGGCGGCCGCAGGGCGCGGCCGUGGGAAGGGCCCCGGUGGGAAGCCCAGAUUUCUGACACCUGAUGAGUACAGCAGAGGUUGCCAGCGCCAUUCACUGGUCUCAGUUCUUUUCUGCCUACCUUUAGAGUCUGUGGAUACAUGUGCAGAAAGAAAAAACAGUCCUACUUUCCCCAAGAAAUGGUACAAAUGGAAAAAAAAUUAACUUUGUAGCCUUGCAAAAUCCUACUUGUGCUCUGCCUUACAAAAAUGGAGAAUCAUUUCUCUCCUUGGCCAUCUCCUGUACUGAAGUUCAUUAACAUACUCCCUGUAGGCCUUUUAUUUUACUGUUACCAUGAGUGUGUGUGUGUGUGUGCACGUGGGUGCAUGUGUGUUUGUGUGUGUGCACGUGUGUGCGUGCUGCUUACUGUGGCCGGUUAUUACUCAUUUAGCCAUAAAGAAAUGAAAACUCACUGCACAUAAGGACAGGGGCAAGAGUUUUCGAAGUCCCAAGCCUAACAGGAUAAGACCUGCUAUUUUGUGAAACAAACCAAAAGUUGAUCUUAUUUAACAGCUCCCUACAACAGGUCAGUUUAAAAUAAAGCGGUAUUUAAGAACGAAAGCACCGAUGAAUAUACUGCUUUUUGGACAAUCCUUCGGAGACAUUACUUGUUCUCAUCACUGGGAUACAGACGUUCACGGUCUGUAAAGUUUUCUAAGAUCUACACAAAAGUGAUCAUAACACUUAAACAUUUACCAGGUUGAGGCUCCUGAGUUAACACUAGUUACCUUUAGAAAUCUACCACAUACAGACAUAUAACUAAACAAAGCAGAGCGGGUUGUCCAUGUCUGUGACAUGUCCAUGACAGUGGCAGCCAGUGGUGACAUUACCGUGUCAGCUGUGAUGAACCCAGCCCUUCCCCUCUCAUUCCACAAAGUGCACAGGACAUGUUGGUGCAGACAUAAUGCAGCCCUCAGAGCAGUAACGUUCUGGUGUGCUUACGAGUCUCCAGAAUCUCGGCAGUCGCUGAUACUGAAACACUUUCAAAUCACCCUCCAUCGUCCUGCAUAAGUAGGAAUCCAGAAUAAAAGGUACAAAGCUGCCAACUGUUCGCAUGGAAAUGAUCACUGAUACUUAAGGGAAAAUGAAGCAAGAAGCAUAGUUUCUUCCUUUACGUUACAUUUCAAUAAAAUACUUGAGAGCAGCAUACAGUGAACAGCUUGUUUUUGGAGAAGAUACGAGAAAAUGUGACAGUGUUGUCAACUAGCACAGAGGAAUCCAAAACCAGAAAGAAAUGAAAAUGAAGCCCCCAAAGUGAGCCAUUCUAUUCGGAGCCCACUGCAAGGAGAGGAAGAGUAAUGCUGAGAAGGCACUCGGUUCUAAUGAUUCAGGGAGGAAGGGGAUGUGAAGACAUAGUUCUUUGAAGUCAGGAAUCUAGUUUUAGACUUCUAUUCAUGCUCAGUUCCAGUUUGCUUUUUUUUUUUUAAAUAUUCAAUAUAGAUUUUUAAACUUGUAAAAAGACUAAAUUUGAAACUCACCAGAGAUAACUUUAAAAAAUAUAAAUCCUCAGAUUAUAAUUUAGAAGCUGUCUAAAUGUGGUUCUAUGUAGCAUUUUGUAUCUGAAAUUACAGACUGUAUUUUAUAAGAAUAGACUUUGGUCCUGUUUCUCACUGUCAUUUGUUUCAACAGUGUAUUUUUAGAUCCAAAGUGUUUUUAAUUUAACACAACAGUGUGCCUACUGUCACUGGAAUAUAAAAGAACAGCUGUACGA